AUGACUCCCCCAGCUCAUGGUCGGGGAACCAGCCAACGUAGCCCGACCGUUCUGGUCACCGACUCUCGCGAUCAACAAUCCGGACCAACCCCUCGGCAGCGUCGAUCUCCUGCCACACGCUUCAUCACGGUUGACAAUGUUCUUCAAUACGCCUCGGACGUACCAUCUCAACAGCGGCGCCAGCCGCCGCCCAUCUCGCGUUCCCGCCGACUUGCCUCGGCUGCCGGUGGACUGAUCUCAAGCUCCGGUGGGAGUAGCUCUACGAGCGCCUCGGUAAACUCCAUCACAAAAGGUGGCCGCCUCGCCGCCCAGCCACGGCUUCCUCCGCGGACAACAAAAGUCAGCGAGAAGCUGGUGCUGCUUCCGGAUACUGGCGAAGUCGACGAGACGGACGAUGGCGAGCAAGACGAUGGCGAGGGUCAGGACGAAUUGGUCGACGAGGAACUUGUUCAGCGCAUUGCGCGAAACCAGCGCAUUGAUCCCGAAGCGAUCCGGCAACAACUAUUGGUGAAGAAGCGACUUGGAGGAGAUUUUGGAAUCGAUAAUGAUGUUGCGCCAUUGUUGGCCGAAGAGGAGACGACAAGAAGGCGGCGGAUUGGACCUGAGCGGGCAAAGAGUUACGCGGAACGGUUGCCCAAGGCGCGACGAACUGAGAAGCUUGCGCGGGUCACUGCUUACUGUACGGCACAGGCGUAUAAGAUGGGCUCUGUGGCAGCUUUUGUCAAGGAUGUGCAUGGGGCCCGCACGAAGCUGUAUGAUGAUUGCCUGUACACGGCGUAUCACUUGCCUUUGCUGCCGGGUGAUGAUGGAUACCGCUUGCGGAGUAGUCCGGUGCUGAAGAUCCCUGGCGGCAAGUCCUUGCUUGACGAGGAGAUUGAGCGGAACGAGUUGAGGGAUCACCAUGACGACUUCCUAGAGGAAGCGGAAGAGCAUUCUGUUGUUGGUCAUGGCCGGCAUGAGCAUGAGCAUCAUGAUGAGCGUUCACCUGGCGAAGACGGGGGCCGCAGCACGGAGAGUGAACAUCGCGCUGGUUACAUGGAUCGCAUUUCCGAGGAAGAUGCACCAGGCCAGGGCGGGAGGCACAAGAACACAGAUGCCGAUUCUGGGGCGCAAAGCAGUGGCGCUCAACUUGAGAGUGAACAGUCUCAGAACGCAGCGGAGACACGGCCCCGGCGGCGUCGCCACAGUUCCGACGACGGUCAAUCUCGUAUGAGAGAACGCAAUUCUCCCCCUAUCACCUCUACGACACCCCCAAUUCCGGAAACCCCUGCUGCCCGGACUCUUUACAACGUUGCCGAAAUGUUCGUCUUCACCUACGGAGUGGUCGUGUUUUGGAACUUUACGGAGCGACAAGAGAAGGAUCUGCUGGCAGAUCUUGCCUUUGCCACGUCUUCGGCAACUGGCAUCCCCAUUCCGCUAGCGACCAUGCCUCUGGACGAAGAGGACUUCGAGACCGAGGAAUUCCAUUUCGAAUAUUCGACCGAGAUCUCACGACCUCGUGUGUACAACGACAUGAUUACUCUUCGCAGUGGAGAUCACAUGAUCAAGCUGGCUAUCAGUCAUGGCAUCUCACAGAGCACGAAAUUGUGUUUCUUUGAAGAAGUCAUGGCUCGCCAGAUGGCAGAUGCCAAGGACGUCCCGCGUCGUCUGGCCACGACGGGCAAACUUGGAAUGAAACGCGAGGAAGUGUUUCGAAUUCUUGGCCGUCUCUUCAAGAGCAGAGUGGAGGUCAAUCUAUCCUCGAACAUGCUCGACGUUCCGAACUUCUUCUGGGAGAGUGAGCCUAACUUGUACCCCCUAUAUAUCGCUGUGCGCGAGUACCUGGAGAUCAAGCCGCGGAUUCAAGUCUUAAACGAGCGCUGUCGGGUGUUCUUGGAUCUCGCCGAAAUCCUGUCUGAUUCGAUCGCCGAUAAUCGAACUUCCCAUCAAACGUGGAUCAUUAUUGUUCUUAUCAUCAUCUCUAUUCUGGUCACGAUUUCUGAGGUCUUCUUGCGUUUCGGCUUGUUGCAUGCUCGUGAAGGUGCUGCUGCAAGCCCCGCGACCAUCAUUGCGCGUGCGAUGGGCCGUUCUCCACGUAUUGUGCCUUCGGUCUCGUCCAAUACGUCCACGAACAUGGCCAUCCCGCCAGGCUGUAUAUGCCCCUCUGUUCCUCCAUCCGGUGCUCUGGACACGAGUAUUCGUGGUAUAAUGGGCGCGGACUCCUGA